AUGGAGCCCCCGUAUUUCAUGACCGUCCACCAGAAGGUCAAGGUCAGAAGGCUCCUGAGCCACUUUCUGUUGGCAGAGAGGGCUGCGGUGAGGACCAGAUCUGCUGAGAUGGAAGUUCCCUGGGACGCAGAGAACGCUCGCUCACUCACAGCUGUCUUCGUUAGCAUCGCCGUGGACACGGUGAACAGGGCGCUGAUAAGGUUCACUCUGGCUGCUGCGUGGAGAAAAGACUGGGGUGAGGGGGCUGUGAGGGAAAGCAGGAGCCUGAAGUCUGCUGAAGGCAACCUGGAGGAAGGCCACCUAAGCAGCCACUGCAAUGUGGGCAUCGAUCAAGCCGGCUGCCGGGGCCACGGGCGCUGGGCUUGGAACCGGAGCCCUGCCCUGGGUGCCCCCACCAGCAGCUCUGGGCUGGGGCUGUGGACAGCAGGGAGCGUUUAUCCAGACACCUGUUGCUUCGGGAGUGAGUCUCCAGCGCCCUGGGGCCAGCGGGAGCUCUGCGGGCUGUCCUCCCCGGGCUGCGGGGCUCGUGCCGCUGCCCUCCGGGCACUGGGCGUGUGA